CAUUCCAUCUUGCUUGACCUUAUCGUCGCUCAACGGCCUCUAAUCACGAUAUUAUCACACAGAAACGUAACGUAUCACUGACUCUUCCGUCCCGAAAACCCAUGAGACUCCUCGCUCACCCGCUCUAUCUACAUCCCCCGGCCAUGUAAGAGCUACGAGUACGGGUUCGCUCACCCGCCGAACCUAGAUGCGGAAAAGCGGUUCCGCCAUACGACCAACCUACCUUACCUAUAUGAAGAAGGUGAAGAAUGAAGACGUUAGUCCAACGUCGUAAAAGAAUACGAAUUUAACGUGAAAAUUCCCCUCAACCCCUCCAGCUUCUUCUUCGUCUUCCCUCACACACCAUUGUCGCGGACGUUACAGGCGAACAUACACGACAACUUCCCACGGCGAGAAAAAGUACCUACAUCACGACAGCAGAACAGCACCUCGCAAGACAUCAAAAAUGCGCGUAAUCGUCUUCGGCGCCACAGGCAUCCAAGGCCGAUCGCAAGUCCACCACCUCCACACCCUCGGCCACACCGUCGUCGCCGUCUCCCGCACACCCUCGACCUUCACGCCCCCUCCCUCCUCCAACACCACACCCAUCGAAUCCGUAACCUUAGACUUCACCUCCCUCUCCGACGUCGACCGCGUGAUCCGCAGCAGCACCUCCCCCCAAGAACCAACAGCAAUAUCCCUCAACCUCCCCUCCACCUCCUUCAACCCGUCCCCCCCAAUCCUCCUCGCCGCAUCCAACAUCGCCUCCUCCGCCGCCACGCACGGCGUAAGCCUAAUCGUCUUCAACACUUCCAUGCCCGUCCCCACGGUACCCCAGGACAUAAAAGCUCAAGACGACCGCCGCGAAAUCAUGCGUAUCCUCCGCUCAACCCCAAACGCCGUACCCGUAAUAUGUAUAAAACCCGUCGUGUACCUCGACAACCUUCUCGAAGGCUGGGCGCUCCCGCCGAUACGGGACAGGAAUACCGUCGUGUAUUGCCAUAAGCCGACGCUGAGGGUGAGCUGGAUAUGCCACCACGACGUUGCGCAGCUUGUCGGCGCGGCGAUUGCAAGGGGAGCGGAGGCGCUCGGGGGCAGGGACUUCGAUGUGGGCGGGCCUGAGACGGUGAGGCUGGAGGAAUUGGCGGGGAAGUUGGGGAGGGGGGGGGGGAGGGAGAUGGGGGGGGAGAGCCAGAGCGUGGCGGAGUUUUGUGAGAGGAUUGGGGAGACGAUGGGGGGGAGGGGACUGGAGGGUGAGAGGAUCGUGGCGCAGAUGUUUAAGGCGUAUACGUAUUAUAAUGAGGCGGAGGACGAGCCGUUCAGGGUGGAUAUGAGGGCGGUUUUGGAGGAGCUGCCGGUGAGGUUGACGACGAUUGAGGAGUGGGCGAGGAGACGGAGCCCGCCUGGCUGGUAAAAGAGGGAGCGAGAGAGCGGGUCAACCGAUGCGAUGCGAGCGUUAUUUUGUGGAGAAUCGCAGUAGAUCUCGGAAGCUACCUCAAUGAAGCAUCGUUAUUGUGGAGACUCGAUUCACGGCAUCGCAACAUCAUUUAUCUUACUGGGACGCCUCACGGUAUAAAUUAAGAGCAAUAAAUGUAAAGAUGUCCGUUACAUUAUGUUGAAUAUUACAAAGGCAACUGGACUAAACAUCACAUCAAGACAGCACAUCACAGCA